AUGGACAAGUGGCACAGAAAGGGCGCCUCUGGAAAAGGCACGCCGCCCUGGUACCAGCCCAAAUUCACCUAUUCCUCGGUUCGAGUUUUGGUCCUUGCCCCCACCUUACGAACAGCCUGGCUCCACAGGCCGCACCUGACAACGGGACAGGAGGGGCCAGCCCCGGACUCGGCUGCCAUUCUCAGGAAAACAGGUGGCGCAGACAAACACACAGAGGACAAAGCGUGCACUGAUGUUCACGAACACUCGCGAACGAAAACCCGCACACAGAUCAUGCACUCGACAGGACCCAGGCGCGGCACGCGCACAGAAACGCGAGAACGCGCACACGGGUGGGCGAUGCUCGAUGCGUGGGUCACGACUGCAGGAGGCGCGGCCACGCGCGCCAGGGACGCGCACCCCCCGGAGAGGACACCGGAGGGGCCCACGUUUGCAGAAGGGGAACAUCGGACAAAAGGGACACACCCACUGGGGCCGACAAAGGCGGUCCCACACACCCCCAGCGCACCGGCACCCCGACCCACGCACACAGUGGGCACCACAGAGAACGACGCACACACCCACACUCACCACACACCCACGGAGGGGGUGUGGAGGGCCCCUCUCCCCGGGCAUCUUGGCUGUAGCGCGACAAUGUGACACAUCCAGGAGCCCUGCCGCGCGCCAGGUGUGCACUCACCCGGGCCCGCAGCCCGCGAGCCUCGGACGCGGGCCGCCGCCACCGCCAGGGGCCCUCCACGUCUGCCAGCCGGCGGGCGCGAGCGGGCAGUGGCGCAGGCAGCAGAGCGUCACGUGGACCGCAGCGCACAUGCGCGGUCGUGCCGCCCCGCCCCUCCCCCUCGGCGGCGGCAAGCGAGCGAUCCCGCCGGCCCCCGCGCUGGCGAGCUCCAGACAGUCGAGGGUCGCGGUGCGCCUGCGCCCGGGCGGGGGGCGCCGUCUCCUCCUGGCCUUCGCUCAGUUUUCCCUCUCUCACCUCGCGGCGGCUCCCGGUUCGGCGCUUGCGCAGGAGACUCAGCGCUGAGAUUGUCUAAAGCCACGGGGAAAAUGGUAGAAAAUUCACCGUCGCCACUGCCAGAAAGAGCGAUUUAUGGCUUUGUUCUCUUCUUAAGCUCCCAAUUUGGCUUCAUACUGUAUCUCGUGUGGGCUUUUAUUCCCGAAUCUUGGCUAAACUACAUAGGCUUAACCUAUUGGCCUCAAAAGUACUGGGCAUUGGCGGUGCCCGUCUACCUCCUCAUCACUAUAGUGAUCGGUUAUGUGCUCUUAUUUGGAAUGAACAUGCUGAGUACCUGUCCCCUGAACUCCGUCAACACAAUCACAGAUAACUAUGCUAAAAGUCAACAGCGGAAGAAAUACCAAGAAGAGGCCGUCCCAGCAUUGAGAGAUGUCUGUAUUAGUGAAGUAAACCAAAUGUUCUUUCUUGAAGCCAAAGAACUUUCUACCAACAACUAAAUUAUAUAUAGACUAACUAUAAGUUUUUGACAAAAUUUUUUUUUCUUUAAUUUUAUUGGGGAAUAUUGGGGAACAGUGUGUUUCCCCAGGGCCCAUCAGCUCCAAGUCGUUGUCCUUCAAUCUAGUUGUGGAGGGCACAGGUCACUGGCCCAUGUGGGAAUUGAACUGGCAACCCUGCUGUUCAGAGCUUGUGCUCUAACCAACUGAGCCAUCCGGCCGCCCCUGGACAUAAUAAUUUUGACCUUAAUUGUCUCUCUUAUGAAUACCUGGUAUUGAAAUACUUUAAAAAAUGUAAGUUCAACUUCUCUUAAAUUCCAUUAAUAUUAUAAAUGUUCUCAAAUAUUCAUUGUUAAUGGACAGAAUAAAUAAAAUACUACAUUACCAUAUAGCAGACUAUUUAAAAAAAUAAGUAUCAGUAGAAGCGAGAAGUCCCUUCACAGAGUGGCUCAUGUCGUCAUUUUCAAAGUCCAGUUAUACCCUUCCUGCUGUUUAUUCUUAGGGGCCCACAGCUCAGGACAAAGGUGAGAGGUCAGAGUAUAAAACAGCUAAAUUCCUCAUCUCCAUAUAGGAAGUCCAAAGAAAGUGAAAUUGAAAAAAAUCCAGAAAUAAUAAUAUGAGUACAUUGUGUAGCAGUGUGGAGAUAAAUAUCAAAAGAAACAGCUCAGGUGCUAAAAGUGGUCCUUUUUGGGGAGUAAGGCUCCAGGGUCCCGUCAUGGGGGAUACAGGGCUGCAGCUUUUUAUUGCAGGCCUUGUAGAACAAUGUGACUAUCUUGUAUGUACAUGUGUUACUUUAAUAA